CUGUGGAGCCAACUGGUGCCUGAAGGUUUCACUGUCUGAUCUGUUCCUCCAGGGAGAUGACAGUCUGUCUGCGAUCACCUUUGACUCUGACCCUGAGAAGCUGAGUGCGAAAGCAAGGAGGAGAAGUUUCCACAAGCCUCCGCCCACAUCCCUGAAAUCACCUUAUCAUGCUAAGCCGAGCAAAGUGGCCUCCUGGAGAGCUCUGAGGACAGCAGCGAGCAUGCCCCUCGGCAGCAGAGUGUCCUUGACCCCCCAGAAGCUGUGGCUGGGAAGCUCCAGGCAAGGAAGUCUGACCCAAGCCCUGAGAUCAGACCUCACCUUGGAGCGUGCGUGGACCACCCCCCCCAGCAGCACCCCCGACUAUCUGACAGAAGCCAUAAGAAUGAGGAGGUCAAAUCUCAGGCGUUCUGCCAGCCACGGCUCCGUUCCUGGGACCCCCAUCCACAGAGAGAAGGAGGACAUGUAUGAUGAGAUCAUCGAGCUGAAGAAGUCAUUACACAUGCAGAAGAGUGAUGUGGAUCUGAUGAGAACAAAGCUUCGGCGCUUAGAAGAGGAAAACAGCCGAAAGGACCGGCAGAUAGAACAGCUCUUGGAUCCGUCCCGGGGCCCGGAUUUUGUUCGGACUCUGGCAGAGAAAAGGCCUGACACUGGCUGGGUGAGUAUAAUCUCAGCAGAACAGGUAACCUGUCCUCUGAAAUCUGGUGUUAGAAGCAGCCUUACUUGGGUUUUCAGCAAACUGCAGACUGACAUGAAGACUACCAACUUGGAGGAGAUGAGGGUCGCCAUGGAGACGUAUUACGAGGAGACUCGUCGUCUCCAGACUCUCCUGGCAAGUUCUGAAACGACAGGGAAGACGCCUCCAGUGGAGAAGAAAAUCGGCCUUAAAAAGCAGAAAAAAAUGAGCAGUGCCUUCCUGAGCUUGUCCCGCAGCGUCCAGGAGCUCACAGAGGAGAACCAGAGCCUGAAGGAAGACCUGGACCGCAUGCUGAGCAACUCCCCCACCAUCUCCAAGAUAAAGGGUUACGUGGAGUGGAGUAAGCCCCGGCUGCUCCGGCGGAUCGCAGAGCUGGAGAAAAAAAUAAGUUCGAUGGAAAGCCUCAAAUCCCACGCCUCAGAGGUGGUCAGGUCCAACCCUCCUGCUCACUCCACGUCCAGCUCCGUGGGGCCCCGGCAGAUGCGCCCAGACCGGCAGGACCGGCAGGAGGAGAGCGAGCGUCUGCGGGGGGCGGUGAAGAGUCUGAAAGGCGAGCGGAAUGCCCUGCACACCCAGCUGCAGGAAAAGGAUUUGGAAGUGAAGCAGCUCCUGCAGACAAAGGCGGAUCUGCAGAAGGAGCUGGAAAACAUGAAGGAGGUUGAGAAGGAGAGAAAAGAGAGAGAGGAGGCUUUGAGAGAAGAAAUUCGAGCACUCACCAAGAAAUUUCGAGAAUUGGAAGAAAUGAAGAAUGAAGAGGAAGAUGGCCGCGUGGAAAUGACUCCUGAGACGCAGGAAGAACCCCGGCCCCCCAGCCCCGCCGUCAGCCCCUCCCAGCCAGACUCGGAGCCGGAGCCGGGGCCCGACAGUGACUGGAGAGAGGGCGGCCCCUCCCGACCGCCCUCCGCCUGCUCUGCAGGGAGGAGAGACGCCGCCGCCCGGCUCCUGCAGAGCCGGUGGCAGGUGUACCAGCGCCAGAAAAAUAAGGCUGUUCUGAGUGAGGCGGCUACCGUGCUGCAGGCGGCUUUCCGGGGGCACCUAGCGCGGGCGAAGCUGCUAUCGAGCAGAGCGUGCGGCUCGCGUCCCCCCAGCGUGCCAAGCCCUCCCAGCCAGGACUCCCCCCCGCCCCACGUUCUGAGCCCCGUCGUCCAGGCCGAGGGUGACCCGGGGCAAGAGGAGGCCAUCACCACCAUCCAGUCCGUCUUCCGGGCACACCUGGCACGGGCCAGGCACAGUGCCGCCGGUCAGAGAGCCACUGCUGCAGCAUGCGCGGACAGAUCUGCCUGGGCCCCGCACAGCGAACCCCUGUCCUCACCCCUCCCUGCAGCUUCUCCUGAUGAUUUCAUUUCAUUUCGGAUUUCGUGUCAGGAAGACAGUGAGGGGAGCAGCGGGGAGCCGGCGGAGGGGCCAGCUCCCGAGCACGAAGCACCCAGGGGCCCAGGAAAGCCGGCAGCCCCGCCACCCGGCCCCGCGGAGCACUCUCCCUCGGGGCUGCAGCCCGCCAUGCCUCCACCCGCGGAGGAAGUGAACUCGGACGACUCGGACGAGGUCGUCUUGGCACCAGCUCUGCCCACGAGGAAAACUGCCUCCCCGCCCCUCACGUGGUGAUGCUCUGAGGGGAAGGUUAGGUUGAGAGGACCAGGCGUGUUCUACAGGACAGGAUACCUAAAACUGGAAAGUAGUGUGUCUUGUUAGGAAAAGAACAGUGCCUGCUUGGCGCCUGCACGCCUUCCCGGUCUCUCUUGUUCUGCCUGUUGCCUCGCGGGUUUAAGGAUCCCAGGUGCCUUUAUUGUGCCCUUGGGGGUGGUUGCCUCGUUCCCGCCUCCCCAGGGGCAGCUCACAUGGUGGCCUUAAGUGCCAGACAGAUGCACCUCCCCCUAUCGAUGGGCAGCCAGGGAGCCCCGGAAAGACGCCUUCCUGGCACCUCACUGGCCAGCUUUGGCCGCAACUGGGAAGAGCUGCUCCACGUGGAGCUGACGCUGACACCGCCCCCCUCAUCCUCCUCGACGUCCCCGCCGGCCAGAAUCUGCCCCGCCUUCAGUGCAGCAGGUCAGGCUGGACACGCCAUGCCGAACCUUUUGGAGGAGUGUGCGAGGAGGCAGGCCCGCGGUAGGGGGUGGGUUCCCCUCAUCCCUGUGACGAAACGCUGCCAUGUCAGAAGUUUCUGAGACUUGGAUGACAUCAGGGUCCCCAAAUGGGUUCUUGUUCCUCGGGCUCCCCACUCCCGCCCCUCACCACACGGACCUGUCUUCUGUCAUCUUCCCUAUCCCCUUGGGACCCCGUCCCCAAGAGCUGCUGUUCCUGGGAAGGAGUUGGGUGGUAGGUUUUGUCACUGGGUGGAUUAAAAAACCACCAAAUUAUAAUCACA